AUGAACAGUUCCGCGCUCAUGACUAGUGUUUCUUGCCUUGAUCGGCUUGACCUUUACAAGAAGGAAAAGCCGUUUGAGCUGCGCUUUCCCGCUCCUACCGGUUUCCCUCAGAAAAACAUGGUGAUUUCUGAGUAUGACGGUAUUGAGGUGAAAGAUGUCCGAGGCUCUGAAGACCAGCUCUCUAUAGAAAAGAACGGCUUUCUCGUAAUGAAGCUGGACCACGAUUUUGAUACGAUGGAUUUUGACAACAAGGAAAUAAUCAAGUCUAAAUAUUUGCCUAUAGUCGCCGAAUCUCUCAAGAGCCGCCUUGGCGCAAGUCGUGUCCUGGUCCAUGACUUUCUGGUUCGCAAGAGUCAUACUACAUUUCCCGUCUCCACGGGCGAGGUCUACGAAUGGGAGCAGCCGGCCAAUCUUCUUCACAUCGAUUCUACUCCAAAUGGAACGAAGCAGCUUGUGGGAAACCUUAGCCAGGAGCUAUUCGUUGAACUGUCGAAGAAGAGGUGCCAGUAUGUCACUGUCUGGAAGCCUAUCAAAGGCCCAGUUCGAAAAUGGCCUUUGAUGAUGGUAGAUACCUCCACAGUGAAUGUCAAUGCAGACCUUGAGGCAAGAGAUAUGGUUUAUUACGACAGCGUCGUUGAAACUCAUCUUGUCUACAAUUCCGACGACUACGAAUUCAAUUACUUAAGCAAUCAGACUACCACCGAGGCAUGGGUAAUUUUGCAAACAGACUCUGAAACACUAACUGGCACACCACACUCAUCUUUCCGUAACCCACUUGCAUCUGACUCAGAUCCAGAGAGGGAGAGUAUUGAGGGAAUUGUCUCUGUGUCGCAUAAUGCCGGCUCCUUGAAGCCAGUCGAGGAGGCCACGACUGAGAUAGUAACUACUCCAAUCCCUACAGCAUCCCUAACUAGCCAAGGAAAUGAAACCCAGUAUGAUGUCUUUCAAGGCGCCUACGACAAGAUCAAAUUGAAUGCUAAAUCAUUUGUUGAGAAUAUGCUACUGGUCCUCCCGGGAGACUUUGAGCUCAAUGGGCAAGAUAGCAUGUUGACUAUCCUAUAUAAGCCUUAA